UCUUUUUUUUUUUUCUUUUCAUUUUUUUUUUGCCUUCGUUCUUUUCCCUCCUCCCUUCCCCGAUGAACCUCUCUUCUCGCUCCGCACUUUGCAUGAGAAAGCCUAGAAGAAAGGCACCAUGAAGUGUUAAAAAUAACAAAACAAAACAAAAAACAACAACAACAACAAAAAAUUGACUCGCAACAACACCAGCUAACACUUCCAGCUGCAGUUUGCAAGCUGAAAAGAGAGAGAGAGAGGAGAGAGAGAGAGAGAGGGGGGGGGGAGGGGGGGAAAAAAAAAAAAAAAAACUUUAUGCAAAAGGCGAAUAGCAAGAGCCCCUCGCUCUGAUGCAUCAGCGGCAGCGGAGACUCUGCAAAGGAUAACGCGGAGCGGGAGCGAGAGCAGCCGGGGCGAAUUGGAGCGGAGGCUGCGAGGGGCCGUGGCGAGAGGCAGAGGCAGGAGAGAGCGGAGCAGACCUCGCCAAAAAUCAAGCUGGCUCACCCGGUGGCAACUCAGAGCAGUCCCCUCGCUCCCGGAGCGCACCCUUUCUGGAGGACUGUCAGCAGCAAAAGGAUGGCAUCAGAACUGGCAAUGAGCAGCUCCGACCUGCCCACCAGUCCCCUGGCCAUGGAAUAUGUUAAUGACUUCGAUCUGAUGAAGUUUGAAGUGAAAAAGGAGCCGGUGGAGACCGAUCGCAUUAUCAGCCAGUGCGGCCGCUUGAUCGCCGGGGGAUCGCUCUCUUCCACCCCGAUGAGCACGCCCUGCAGCUCGGUGCCCCCGUCCCCCAGCUUCUCGGCGCCCAGCCCCGGCUCCGGCACCGACCAGAAGACCCACCUGGAAGACUACUACUGGAUGACGGGCUACCCGCAGCAGCUCAACCCGGAGGCGCUGGGCUUCAGCCCCGAGGACGCGGUGGAGGCGCUGAUCAACAGCAGCCACCACCCGCUGCCCGGCGCCUUCGAUGGCUAUGCUAGAGGGCAGCAGCUGGCCGCGGCCGCCGGCGCCGGCGGCUCCGUACCGGCCGAGGAGAUGGGCUCGGCGGCCGCCGUGGUGUCGGCGGUGAUCGCCGCGGCGGCGGCGCAGGGCGGCGCGCCCCACUACCACCACCACCACCACCACCACCCGCACCACGGCGGCGGCGGCGGCGGCGGGCACCCCCACGCCGCGGCGCCGGGCAGCGCGCCGCCCUCCUCCGCCUCCUCGGCCGCCGGCUCCGGCGGUGGCGGCGGCGGCGGCGGCGGCGGCGCCGGGGGGCUGCACCACCCGCACCACGGCGGCGGCGGCGGCGGCGGCCUCCACUUCGACGACCGCUUCUCCGACGAGCAGCUGGUGACCAUGUCGGUGCGGGAGCUGAACCGGCAGCUGCGGGGCGUCAGCAAGGAAGAGGUGAUCCGGCUGAAGCAGAAGAGGAGGACCCUCAAAAACAGGGGCUAUGCCCAGUCCUGCCGCUUCAAGAGGGUCCAGCAGCGGCACGUCCUGGAGUCGGAGAAGAACCAGCUGCUGCAGCAAGUGGAGCACCUAAAGCAGGAGAUCUCCAGGCUGGUCCGGGAGAGGGACGCCUACAAGGAAAAAUACGAGAAGCUGGUCAGCAACGGCUUCAGAGAAAACGGAUCCAGCAGCGACAACCCUUCCUCUCCAGAGUUUUUCAUGUACCCGAGAGAAUCAUCUACAACGGUGAUGUGAAAAUCCCUGUUACCUGAGGUCAAAA